UCGGAUGACGGCUGUCCUUUCACAGCAAAACAACACACACAGAAACACUCGCCUUCUGAAACCCUUGGCUAGCCGGAACGAGGUGAGAGGAUUGACGAAACGAAAUGGGCGUCGGCGGCGUUGUGGUGGAGCUGCCGCUGGGAAAAACGGCAGAGGCGGCGACUUUCGACCUAGAAAAGAACGUGUGCAGCCACGGCCUGUUCAUGAUGGCCCCCAAUUUCUGGGACCCUCUCUCCAGAACCCUACAACGCCCUCUUCUUCUUGAUUCCCAUGAGGAAUAUGGUAAUGGCAGCGCCUCUAGUUCUGUUCUCGUCCGAAUUUCUCAACCCUCUGAUUCUCCUCACUCUCUCCGUCUCCGUGUGUUCGGCGUCGAUUCUCUCUCUCCUCGACACGAGCAAGAGUUGAAGGAUCAAGUGAGGCGAAUGUUGAGAUUGUCAGCGGCGGAAGAGGCGAGUGUGAAGGAGUUUCAGAAGAUGCAUGGAGAAGCGAAGGAGAGGGGUUUUGGGAGAGUGUUUAGGUCGCCAACGUUGUUCGAAGACAUGGUCAAGUGCAUCCUCCUGUGCAAUUGCCAGUGGUCCAGGACACUGAGCAUGGCAAGAGCACUUUGUGAGCUUCAGUUGGAACUGCAGCAUUCAUCAAUCAGUGCACCAGUUGCCAAAGUUGGUAAUAGUAAUACAAAAUCUACAGCUGAGAUCAAGUACUAUGUUCUGAAGACACCCCCGGGAAAAGAAUCAAAGAGGAAGGUAGGAGCAAAACGAGAUUCCACAAUUCUAGGUAGCAGGCUUUUGAACGAAAAAUUACAAAUUGAAGCAGAAGAUGUUGUGAGGAUGGAUUCUGUUGAAACCUCAGACUGCUUGCGAAGGUCAAAGGCACUAUGUCCAAGCAUUUCUUCAAAUGGAGAAGAGUUCCAUAAAUGUUGUGACUCCCAUCAGUGUUCAACUGGAAUUAGUAAAGUUGAUUCAAUUGUAGUUUGUGGAGAACUUUCCUGUGACAUUAGGAUUGGAAAUUUUCCAAGCCCAAGAGAACUAGCAAGUCUUGGCAAAAAGUUUCUGGAAAAGCGCUGCAAUCUUGGCUAUAGAGCAAUUCGUAUAUUAAAACUUGCUCAGAGUAUUGUCGAAGGCAAAAUCCAACUUAGGGAACUUGAAGAAGCUUGUAGUGAACCAAGCUUAUCAAACUACAGCAAGCUUGCUGAUCAACUGAAUGAAAUCUACGGAUUUGGCCCCUUUACAUGUGCCAAUGUACUCAUGUGCAUGGGAUUUUACCAUGUGAUUCCAACUGAUUCUGAAACAGUUAGGCACUUAAAACAGGUCCUCUGUUGGGUUUUUUUUUUUGAACUCGUGCAUUCUUACCCUCUGGGAAAUGUCUUUGAUUCUCUUCAAUCUUUGUUAGUACAGGUUCAUGCAAUAGAUUCCACCAUUAGAUCAGUUCAAGGAGAUGUUGAAGCGGUGUAUGGAAAGUAUGCACCAUUCCAGUUCUUGGCGUAUUGGUCAGAAGUGUGGCAAUUCUAUGAGGAAUGGUUUGGAAAGCUGAGUGAAAUGCCUCACUCUGAUUAUAAAAAUAUUACGGCUGCAAAUAUGAGGCCCAAGGGUAACAAAAGUAAGAGGAUUAAGAUAUCCCAAAAGCAGCCGCGAAAGUAGGACCGACUUUAUGAGACAAUGUGAGCCAAAAUCCUUUUGCUGCAUGCUGAUUUUUGUACCACUACGUAUAUGCAUACAGUUGCUGUGAUUGUUUCUACACGGCAUUCAACACUAGGAACAUCAUCCCAAGUUAUUUAACGCAAUGUUUGCUAUUAUAAAUCUACUUUUUGGAAUUUGGAAGAUUCCCAAUCGAUUGGUGAAGUUGGAUAC